AUGGCAACGGAAUUAGAGAAACGCCCGGCCCAGGGAAACACGACUGGGAGAGAGGUUACCAUUGCUAUCAACUCUUUCAAUGUGACUCAGAUCCCUGACAAGACUGUCUACCAAUAUGAUGUGCAAAUUGGUUCUGGGGUUGAGAAGCGAGGAUUAAUUAAAAGAGUCUGGAACUCCAAAUCGAUGGCCGACAAGCUCGGACCCGGCUGGAUCUUUGACGGAAAUAAGAUCGCAUGGUGUCUACGUGACAUGAAAGGCGAACUUAAUACCGAAAUUGAUCUCGAUCAAGAUGAGGGUCUCAAACCACGUGCCGGAAAACCGAACAAGCACAGAGUUUGCGUUCGAAAAACCAAUACAGUGAAUCUUGCGGCAAUCAGGGCUUAUCUUACUGGAAAGAUGAGCUUUGACACCCCGGUGCUCGAGGCAAUUAAUUUCUUGGACCAUUUGCUUCGCCAGACUCCGUCCAUGAAGUAUACAAGCAUCAAGCGCUCAUUCUUCGCGCGAGGACAAGAGCGGUAUUAUCUGGGUGGCGGAAUUGAGGCCUUCAAAGGCGUCUAUCAAUCAAUCCGCACUUGCCAGGGCGGCCGGCUGGCGGUAAAUGUGGAUGUUGCAAACGGGACUUUCUGGACCGAAUCCGUUGUUCACCAAACAGCUAAAGAGCUUGUCCACGCUGCCGACUAUACGGAGUUGGUUUGGAAGCUCAAGCAAGUUAAGGUUCACCCAGCGGACCCCGACUCUCCCAUGCAAGACUCGCCUGCCUUCAAGGAGCUUCGUCGCCUCAAGAAGGUGGGAAUUUAUGCCAAGCACCGUGGCUCAGAGGAGAAGGACAAAGUCUUUAUCAUCGAUCACUUUUUGAGAGAGGAUGCCAAGAGUUUCAAAUUCCCUGUCAGGGAUAAGAAGACUGGAGAAAUCACUCAAGAUGUCUCUAUUUACGAUUAUUUCCGGCGGCGAUAUAACAUUACCCUCCAAUAUUGGAACCUUCCGCUUAUUCAGACCACCAAGAAGAAUGUUGUUUUCCCCAUGGAGUGCGUGGUAAUUGCGGAAAACCAGCGGUAUCCGUUUAAAACCGAUGAGGACCAGACCGCCAAGAUGAUCAGAUUUGCCGUCACUAGACCGAACGACCGCAUUGCGGCAAUCAACCACGGUCUGGGAAUGCUUAAAUGGCCUGAAGAUGUGUAUUUGAGAAAUUACGGCAUGACUAUCGACACAAAGAUGGUGCAAACCAGAGCCCGUGUUCUUAAAAAUGCUGUCAUUCAAUUUGGCAGCAACACCCAUGACCCUGGCGUCUCUGGCAGAUGGGACCUCAAAGGCAAGAAAUUUAUUAAGCCAAACAAGGAACCGCUCGUCUCCUGGGGCGUAGCAUUUUUCAACAAUGCGCGCAUCAAGGUCGACAAGGCGACAGUUGAGAAUUUUGUACGAGAAUUUGUGAAAAUCUAUAUCGGCCAUGGUGGUAACAUUGCCACACUCAAACCCUUAAUUAUGGCAGCACCAAACAACCCAGCCGAAGCUGUCCAGCAACUGUGGCAAGCAACUGGGAAUAAAUUCAACAGACGUCCCCAAAUCUUGUUGUUCAUGGUGUCUGACAGAAAUUCUUUCCACUAUCUUCGGAUUAAGAAGAGUUGCGAUUGCCGCUACGGUGUUGCAUCCCAAGUCAUGCAAAAUGCGCAAGUGCAAAAAGCGAAUCCGCAAUAUAUUUCAAAUGUUUGCAUGAAGAUCAAUGCAAAGCUUGGCGGAGCCACUGCGCGUGUUUCAAGCAAGCAGGGCGGAGCGUUUCCUGUGCCAACGAUGAUCAUUGGAGCAGACGUGUCUCACGCCUCUCCUGGAAGCGAACAGCCUUCUAUGGCUGCAAUGACGGUCUCCGCUGAUGAAUUUGCUACUCGCUACUGGGCCGGCUGCGAUACCAAUGGACCUCGUGUGGAACUCAUCACUGGUGGCAACAUUAAUGGCAUACUCCAGCCAAUUAUUACUGAGUGGAUGACCACUGUUGGCAAAGGAAGAUUACCAGAGCACGUCUACUAUUUCCGUGACGGCGUUUCGGAAGGUCAAUAUUUGCAGGUCCUCCAGCAGGAGGUUCAGGAUCUCCGGAAUCUCUUCAAGAGAUUGGUUGAAGGUGGAAAGCAACCCAAAUUUGUCGUCGUUGUGGCUUCGAAGCGCCACCAUGUCCGAUUUUUUCCCAAAUUUGGCGACCGCGUUGCGUCUGACCGCAAUGGCAACCCGGUUCCUGGCACUUUGGUCGAGAAAGACGUCACUCAUCCGUAUGAAUACGACUUCUAUCUCAAUUCGCAUUCGGCGAUCCAGGGAACAGCUCGCCCAGUUCAUUACCAUGUUCUUUUGGAUGAGGCUAAGUUGCAGCCAAAUUACUUCCAGAAUCUUAUCUACGAGCACUGCUAUCAGUAUAUCCGCUCGACUACCCCAGUUUCCCUAUUCCCCGCGGUUUAUUACGCUCAUUUAGCGUCUAAUCGGGCUCGCUCCCACGAGAAUGUCCCAGCAAGCUCCGGUCCGCAGUCUGGUCCCGGCUCAAAGCCACCUCACAAAGUUGCUGCCCUAGCGGCAAAGGCUAAAAGUGAGUCGGAGAAGCCACCCACUGGCGGUCUUCCAUUGAUGCCGAUCAACAACAUCGGACGCCUUGCCUGGGACAUGUGGUAUGUCUAA